UGGCGCUUGAAUAUUGAUGAGAUUCUGUAGUGUGUUGCAAGGGCACCUGCUAUUUGGGUAUAUUUUGCCGCUGGAUGGAAAAUUCCUUCUGUGGGAGUAACCAAAAGAGCAUUAGCUACUGCAAACACGUUAUUUGUGGGAUGCUUAAGAUACAGCAUUCGUCAGAAAUUCAAAGGAGUGAAAUGUCCGAAAGUGAACGAACAGAAACAAGUCAUGCUAUAGCAGUGACUGUGUGUGGUAAUCAAGCCUCCCCCGACAGUGCUGGUCCCCCCACCCCGACCGUGUCUGUUGGUAAUGAUAACAGUUCUACGAAACCAGUCAGAGAAGACCAGUCUGGACCUGCUCCGCCGGGUGGCAGCUGGCAUUUAGAAGGAUUUGAGGACAAAAAUCCUUUUAGUGGUUUUUCUGAGGAGCACAUGAGCAAGCUGGACGAAUUUUUGUCCUCGGAGGAAGCGAGGAAGAUUCUGCAACAGACCAACGAGGGUGAUUUCACGGAGACUAUGGCCCAGGUGGCUGGACUGGACAGUAGCCAGGACUCGGCCAACACCAGUGAUGAUCUCCUGGCACUCGAUAUGUUUGAUAAAUCCGAUGACAGAUCGGCAUCUUUCUCUGAUCAUGCUUACGCCCUACCGUCGUACCAAAUGCCAAAACAGCCUACAAUAGUGCUACAGACAGCUGCGUCAACUUCGGGGAAUCCGUCCUCGUCUCCACGCAAGAGUGCACGUAUUGCUAUUCGUAAAGGGCAGAAUGCAGAUGAUGAUGUUGAGGAAGUGAAGGACGUUGACCAACCACUUGUGGAUGUUGCAGUAGAGGUGAAGCUGGAUGAAGAGGAGGUUGUUGAAGAGGCAGAGGAGUCGGAAGAAACCCCAAGCCGGGGGCGGGGACGUCCAAAGGGGCGAAAGGUGGAACAAUCUCCUCUUAGUAUAAGAAGAUCAACCAGAAUUGGUGAUCAUGAGCAGCGUGAAAUGGCUGAGAAAAUCCUACAGGAAAACAGACAAAAAGAGAAAGAGGCAAUGGAGGCAUUGCAGAGUGGAAAGGCUGAGAAACAGGACGACAAAAAGACACCCAUUAGAAAAGGUGGAAGAGGCCGCAAAGCAGCAAUGAAGACAGAGGAAGAAGAGGCAGAGGAAAGUGAGGAGGAAGUUAAAGUCGGAGGGAAGAAAGGAUCUAGUAAAAAGGUAAAGAAGAAUGAUGAAGAAGAAAACAGUGAUGAUGAUGAAGAGGAGGAGGAAAAUGAUGAAGUUGGGAAAAAGAAGGCUACAAAAAAGAAUGGAAAUCAAGGAUUGAAGGCCAAAGGGAAAAAGGGAAAAGCUGUGGAGGAUGAUAAGAGUGAGGAAGAUGAGGAAGAAAGUGAAAAGGAAGUCAAAACACCGAGAGGUGGAAGGAAAAAAACAGCAGUGAAAGGGAAAAGAGGAGUAAAGAAGCAAGUCAAACAGGAAAGUGACAGUGAGGAGGAGAGUUCUCCCAAACAACAAGGAAAGAAAAAAGUAGGGAAAAAAGGGAAAAAGGACAAUGAAAGUAGCGAAGAUGAGCAGGAAGAAGAGGAAACACCUAAAGGAAAGAAGCAAGUUGUUCAAACAGGGAAAAAGAAAAUUAUUCAGAAAGGACAGAAGAAACAGGAAAGUGAAGAGGAGGAGGAGGAGGAGGAGGAGGAAACACCUAAAGGGAAAAAGAAACCUCUUAGGAAAGGAAAGAAGGGUAAAGAAAGUGAUGAGGAAGAAGAAGAGGUCACACCCCAAGGGAAAAAGAAACCUCUCAGGAAAGGAAAGAAAGGGAAAGCAAGUGAUGAGGAAGAAGAAGAUACACCCAAAGGAAAAAGGCAACCUCUCAGGAAAGGAAAGAAAGGGAAAGAAAGUGAUGAGGAAGAAGAAGAGGUCACACCCAAAGGGAAAAAGAAACCUCUCAGGAAAGGAAAGAAAGGGAAAGAAAGUGAUGAGGAAGAAGAAGAUGCACCCAAAGGAAAAAGGCAACCUCUCAGGAAAGGAAAGAAAGGGAAAGAAAGUGAUGAGGAAGAAGAAGAAGUCACACCCAAAGGGAAAAAGAAACCUCUCAGGAAAGGAAAGAAGGGUAAAGAAAGUGAUGAAGAGGAGGAAGAAGACACACCCAAAGGGAAAAAGAAACCUCUCAGGAAAGGAAAGAAAGGGAAGGUAAGUGAUGAAGAGGAGGAAGAAGACACACCCAAAGGGAAAAAGAAACCUCUUAGGAAAGGAAAGAAAGGUAAAGAAAGUGAUGAGGAAGAAGAAGAGGUCACACCCCAAGGGAAAAAGAAACCUCUCAGGAAAGGAAAGAAGGGUAAAGAGAGUGACGAGGAGGAAGAAACAACACCGGAAGGAAAGAAAAGGGGGGUAAAAACAGUAAAGAAAGCCGAAGAAAGUGAUGAAGAAGACACUCCUGUGACAGGAAGACAGAAAAGAGGGAGGAAAGCUAAGGCUAAACAAGAUGAUCAUGAAGAGAAUGUUAUUACAAAAAGAGGAACAAAAGUGGUCCAGAAAGGGCAGAAAUUAGCAGCUGGUAGAAAAGGAAAGAAGAAAGCAGAGGAAGACACUGAGGGAGAAGAGGAGGAAGAAGUUGAGACACCAAAGACCGGCAAAAAGAAAGAAAAGAAACAGAAGGACAGCGAGAAUGAGACAGCAUCUCCUGUAAAAGGAAGGAAAAAGGUAGCCUCAAAAAUAGACAAUGAGGACAAUGAAUCUGCUGAAGAGGAGGAUCAUGUGGAAACAAAGAAAGGUGUGAGGAAAUCAACAGGCAAGGACGAAGAAAGUUUACCGAGGAGUGCUAAGGGAACAAAAACUCCAGUCAAAAUGGGAAUUAGAAAGGAAUUGCCAGCUUCAAAUAGAAGGAACAGUGGCCGAGGAGCAGCUGCAGCGUCUCCUGUCAAGGAGAAGAUGGGGAAGACAGAAAGUCUGAGUACUAACCAGGAGGACAUCACUCCUCCAAAACAGAGGAAGGGGUUAGGGAAGAGGAAGGAGGAUUUAAAGGACACUCCCACUGGAGGAAAAAGGAGGAGGACAAUUUCAGAAAAGGAAGAAGUUAAAGGGAAAGAAGGAAAGGAUGCACAAAGAAAGAGACAAGAUUCUGUAGAUUCAAAGAUGUGUGAGGGAUCUGCUGCACAGAAAGUUACACCGAAACCUGUGAAAAAGAAACCCCGGAAAUCAGAGGAGGUUGUUAUAGAUCCAACUGUCAUGGAUUUGUUUAAACCUGAUGGAAUCAUUCAGGAGAAACAUGACUCAUCGGACAGUGUGGAGGUCAAGGGUCAUGCUCAUCAGCAUUCCCAGUCUGAGAAAAACAAUGAGAAAAAAGUAUCAGAGAGUCAGAAUUUGACUGUUUCUGACAUCAAAACAGAAGCAGACAACACUAAUAUAGUGGAGGAACUCGGUGAGGACGUCAAAGUAAAAAAGGACAUUGUGGAAGCAGAUUCUAGUAUUAACAGUGAGAAAACGUCAGUCAUAAGUAAAAGUACAGAUGUCACUAAGGUUAAUACUUGUGAUCCACUAAAUCAGGAUGCAGAAAUCGGGGAACUGGUGUCGGACAUUGCUGAGGGGAAAGCACAGGAUGUUCAGUGUGAAAGUGAUAAUGUUGCUGACAAAUCUCAGAUUAAAGAGGCAGAUAGUGUUCAAAUUACUGACAUAUCUCGGCUCAAAGUGGCAGAUAGUGGUCAGAUUACUGACAUAUCUCUGCUUAAAGUGGCAGAUAGUGGUCAGAUUACUGACAUAUCUCUGCUUAAAGUGGCAGAUAGUGGUCAGAUUACUGACAUAUCUCAGAUCAACGAGGCUGACAGUGGUCAGAUUACUGACAAAUCUCAGAUUAAAGAGGCUGACAGUGUUCAGAAUGAAACUAAGGAUGUUUGUAAACAGGAAGUGACUGUAAUGGCUACAGAAAGUGAGGCCACUGUACAUUCCCUUUCUGAACAGCAGACCUCUGUGAGUGAUAAUGUUUCUGGUGAGGGCAAUUCUAAAGAUGUCACAUUUUUACAAAUUAAGGAAGGAAGUGUUGAGCUCUCACAAACUACGGGGGAGAAUGUUGAUCAAGAUGUAACUCCCAAAGUUACAUUACAGGAAAGUACACAUUCUGCUAUUCAACAAUCAGAAAUUCUAAAUGUGGGGGAAGUAGUGGGGGAAAAACAAUUGGAUGCUGUGGUAAUCGGUGAACAGGAUUUACCUAACAAACAGGAAACAAAGGAUUUACCUGAAGGACAGGAAACAAAGGAUUUACCUGAAGGACAGGAAACAAAGGAUUUACCUAAAGAGGUAGAAAGUCCAAGUAAAACCACAACCAACAGUGAUAUGGAGGUUCGACAGAAACGUGAAAGAAAACCCAAAAAGUAUUCAUUCCCUUAUGAAAUCCCAGAAAGUAGUCCCAGAAAGGAAAAGAAACCAAAGGAAAAAGUUAAGAAAAAAACAAAAACUCAACCAUCAAUGGCUGGAAAGUCGUCACAGGCUAAUCUAGAGAGUGGAGACGAUGCCGACCUGAGUUAUGAGGAUGACCAGAAUGACUCGGAUUACGAACCUCCAGACCAACUUUACUGUAUAUGUAACCAACCCCACGGUAACAGGUUUAUGAUUUGUUGUGACAAAUGUGAAAACUGGUACCAUGGGAGCUGUGUUAACAUGACCAAGGCUCGCAACAAGGAAAUGGAACAAAAUGGAGAGGAAUAUAUUUGUCCAGUUUGUACAGGUGAAUACAAAGGUCCCAAGUUAAUAGCUAGGGAACCAGAAAAGAAAUCUUCAGAAUCUAAAAAAAUAUUAACACCCAAAUCAAAAGAGGAGGGAAUAAAGAAAGAGACAACACUGCCGAGAAUACCUAAAAAGGAAAAAAAAUUGGAGAGUUCUUCAGUCAAGGGAGAGAAGCCUGUUUCGUCAAAGGAGUCCCAUCACCAUGGUAGCGAACACAGGCAUCGGUCUUCGUCGAAAGAUGGAAAAAGUGUUGGAGAUAAAUCUCAUUCGGACAGAAGGUUGUCAGAUGAUAAGUCUAGAGCGCGACAUCACGACCGACAUCACAGCUCAGAACGCAGACAUUCAUCAGACGGGAAAUCAAGAGAUAGACGUUCUUCAUCGUCAGGUCACCACGAUGACAGGACAAAACACAAACAAAGCCAUCAUUCUGUUCAUAAGUCUUCAGAUUCUCACAAACGUGACUCAAACCCUGCACAUCACACAGGACAGAAAUCAUCUAACUUACACAAACUUGACUUAAGUCGGAAGAAUGUUUCGGGUCAAAGUAUAAAAUCUCCUGCCGUAAAGUCGCCGGGGAUCAAAUCUCCCGAUGUCUCUUCUCCUAAUAGACCCCAUGGUGAUGUAAACAGGAGGCUGUCGUCUGGAGGAGUAGGGGACAAAUAUCUGAAAAAUAUUAAGGAGAAGAGAACUCUACAGAAGUGUGUGGGGCCCGGCUGUAAAAAGGAUGCAGUGUAUGGCACAGUGUAUUGCUGUACCGACUGCAUCAUCAAACAUUCCGAUGAGUCGCUCAAAAUCUUACGCAAGGACCAAGAGGAACAGGGCAUUAAGUUAAAAGACAAAGCUGAGAGGAAGGUGUGUGUCUUGGAGAAAAAGACCGGGCGAAUUCUGACAGGCAAUAAUGCUCCCACAGAGGCCAAUAUCAAGAUAUGGCUGGAGAGUCAUCGGUCCUUUGAAAUCCUCUGUCCCACAAAGAAACCAUCGUCAUUCUAUGGAAAUAAAGAGAGAGAGAAGCAGAAAGAUCGCGAGAAACAUAUCACAGAAAAAGAGAAGCAGAAAUGUGAAGAGUCUAAGGAAAUGAAGAAAGCUGAUGAAGGUCCAGAUCCUGUUCGACUCAACGUCAGAAAGUCUCUUAGAGAUGCCCUCACUCACAGGGCUGGUAAGGCAGACGACAUCAUGCUGUCCAACAGCGAGAUCAAGUCACUAGCACUGAGUGUGGAGGGAGAACUCUUCAAGUGUUUCAAGGAUACAAACACCAAGUAUAAAGCCAAGUACCGCAGCCUCAUCUUCAACCUCAAGGACUCCAAAAAUCAGGGUUUAUUUAGGAAGGUUUUGUCUGGAACUAUCAAGCCAUACCGACUCGUAAGAAUGACUGCUGAAGAAUUGGCCUCUAGGGAGUUAGCCAUGUGGCGGGAGUACGAAACUAAACAUAAUCUGGAGAUGAUCGAAAUGACAGAGAAAGAACACAUGAAAGAACAGCACACGAUCGUGAAGAAAACUCACAAAGGGGAGGUCACUCUGGAGGAGGAAGACUUAAGUACACUGGAUUCUAAACCAGAGGUCAGCAAACAGAAGUCUGAAACGACGGAGGAUGCCCCUAAGGCGGAUAUCUUGUCUGAGCUGAUCGUCAAUGAUACCACCUCCCAGCACAAACAACAUUUGUUUGACCUCAACUGUCAGAUCUGUACAGGAAAGAUAGCACCACCAGCGGAGCAGGAACCAGUCUCUAAGAAAGUGAAGGUUGCCCGCAGACCCACUGUGGAGGAUUCAGAAGAAGACGAUAAAACUGAGGCAGUGUCGACCAAGAAAACAGUUGAGGAGCAGAAAAAGGCGGAGCAGGUGGUGAAGGAAGUGUUGAAGGCUAUACAGAAGGCGAAGAUUCAGACUGACAAAACUCCACCCAUAGUUGACUCCACCGUCACUGUUGGGUCCCCUGACUCAGCUCUUCAGUCUGGGUUAGAGAAGAAGAUGAAGUUCACCCCAUCAGGACCCCAGUUGUGGAAAGGAUUUAUCUUCAUGCAGGAUGUUGCCAAGUUUGUCACAACAGCUUACCGGGUCUCUGGCCCAGAGGUCAAAUUGGACCUGCCUGAUACAAUCCAUGUGUGUGGGAGGAUAGCCCCCGAGCAGGUGUGGGAUUACCUGUCCAAAAUGAAAAAGAUUGGCACAAGGGAUAUCUGUAUACUGCGGUUCAUACCUGGCAAAGAAGAGGAAAAGACAUCCUACAUCAACUUGUAUUCCUACCUCAACAGCCGUUCGCGGUGUGGUGUGGUGGGAAACUGUGCCAAAUAUAUCAAGGACUUCUAUCUUCUCCCUCUGGCCUCCCAUAGCAAAAUACCGUCGAUAUUGUUACCCUUCGAUGGACCAGGUUUAGAAAACAACCGACCACACAUGUUGCUGGCAGUCAUCGUAAAGCAAAAGACUAAACGUCAUGGCAGCGACUCAUCCAAACAGCCAUAUGAUCCAUCUGAGCCGAAGAAAUCCAGGUCAUCACAUGAGAAAGAAUCGCGGCGACACAGUCUGCAGUCAUCAGAGUCCUUCACCCCUCCCACACACUCUUACUCCCCAAGUACUAAAACAAAAGGCAGGAAAAUAUCACCCAGGUUAACUCCGACAAGUUCCCAGCGAGGAAAGGCCACACCCAUGUCAACUACACCAUCUACCACACCAUCGUCCAGUAUCACUCCAGGGAGUGGCAACGCUACCCCCGCCACCUCGGACAGUAAAGACCCCAUCGUCAAAUUCUAUGGCUCAGGGGAACUCCUUCCUUCAGAGAAAACACCAGAAGAUGACAUGCCCUACUCCCCUGGUGGUGGAGAUGAUGAAGAUAAUGAUGACCCCUAUGACCCCGAGAGUGUCAGCUUUGACAAUGCCGAGGAAAGUAAACCAGUCAGUGCUGCCUCAAGUACAAGCAGCAACAGUGUAGCACAAAUGAUAGAAAAAAUCGCCCAGAGUGACAAUCCUGCAGAAAUGACUGCCAUCAUGGUCACUACACUUGCCACGGCAACAUCACUCCGCGACAAACAGCUGUUGUUGUUAGAACUCACACAGAAGGUUAAGGAACAGAAAGAUCUACUGGAGGCCAAACGCAAGAAAAAGGAAGCACCAGUCGUUGCGCCUAGUGCCACACCAGCCAUGGCUUUGUCAACUUUGACCUCCGCCAUCAGUGCCAUAACAACGGUAUCCAAGCAGCUAUCCUCAGACGGCCAAAAAAAGUCCUCAGCAGCAGCAGCAGCAACCCAAGCCACAGUAGUGAAGGCUCAAACUACAGAGACUGCACCAGGGGCUGAAUCACAGAAGACCAGCUCCACUUCCAAAGUUGACGUCAGUGUUGAAAAGACAACGACUGAAGGCAGCAAAGAACUCACAAGUACAGUGACACAAUCAUCCGGAGAAGUGGGUGACAAGGCAGCGUCUUCAACAGAGCUUGAAGAAUGUAAUAAGCCAGUGCCUGAAGCCCUACAGUCACUGUUCUCCAGCAUCCCUGGGAACUACAGCCAUGUAACUAACAUGAAUCGGGCCAAGAGCCAGAAACCGUCCCCAACAAAGGAAUCUGCGAAGGGUAGUACUGUAGGUGAUGUGGGUCCCGCCACGGAGGUUAGGUCAGCCCCAGAACAGAAGGACCCAGCUCCUAGUAUCAUCUCGACACGUGUGAGAAGUGGAGGGGAAAGAAAAGAGAGUUGAAUUUGACGCGUCUCUUCUCAAGUUUGAUUAUGGAGAU